ACACAACCACAUCAUCAAAGUAAAGACCACGAAAAUAACAAAGACCGCAGCACACAAUAACAUUUCCCCUAAUGUGAGUGAGUGUGUACAAGAGUCACAUUAUACAGUAGAUGAAAACAUAGCAGAAAGAGAUUCUAUUGUCAAAUCCCUAAUUUCAGAACCCUCAUCAUUGUGUUCUUAAGACCUAACUCUCUCAUAGAGUGUUAGGUCACACACAAUUUUCCAGAUCCAUCUUCAGUGGUAUAAGCCUGGGAGAAACUAUAAUGUCUCAGAGCUCUGAGGAGGAUACUGAUAUAAGUGAUUCUGAGAUAAGUGAGUAUGAAGAUAAAUGUUAUGAAGAACUGAAAAAUGGAAGUCAGAAUGUGAAAACCUCAGACGAGAAGUUCACUUGUCCAUACUGCCCUAAGAAAAGAAAACGGGAUUAUAUGUACAAGGAACUCCUGCAACAUGCUUCUGGGGUGGGUCAGAGUAGUUCCCAAAAGAGAAAGGCAAGAGAAAAGGCUACUCAUUUGGCUUUAGUGAAAUAUUUGGAAAAGGAUCUUAUGAAUAUAGAUGAGACUCCAUCAGAACCAGCUGAUAAAAGUGACACUCCUAUUGAUUCUGAUGAACAGUUUGUGUGGCCUUGGAUUGGAAUUGUAGUUAAUAUUCCCACUAGCCGGACACCAGAUGGACGCACUGUUGGGGCGAGUGGUUCCAAGCUUAGGGAUGAGUACAGACGUAGGGGUUUCAAUCCAUUUCGAGUCAACCCUCUAUGGAAUUUCCGAGGUCACACUGGAACUGCCCUUGUGGAAUUCAAUAAAAACUGGCCUGGCUUCGAUAAUGCACUCGCAUUUGAAAAAGCAUAUGCAUUAGAACAUCAUGGGAAAAAGGAUUGGUUAAUUAUAGCUAGUUCACAGCAGAAGUCGGGUCUUUAUGCAUGGGUUGCCCGAGCAGAUGACUACAAAGCAAACAAUAUCAUUGGGGAACAUCUGCGAAAGAUGGCCGAUCUCAAAACCAUACCAGAACUUAUGGAAGAAGAAGCUCGAAGGCAGGAUAAACUUGUGUCCAAUUUGCACAACAUUAUUCAAGUAAAAAACAAGCACUUAAAUGAGAUAGAAGCAAGAUGCACUGAGACUGCGCACAAAAUGAUUACUGCUAUGACAGAAAAAGAUGAGCUCGUUCAAUCUUAUAAUGAAGAGAUAAAGAAAAUACAGUCAAGUGCUAAGGAUCAUUUCCAAAGAAUUUUUAAUGAUCACGAAAAGCUUAAAAUGCAACUGGAAACUCAGAAAAAAGAGCUCGAGACACGGAGACUUGCAUUGGAAAAGCGUGAAGCACAUAAUGAAAGUGAAAGAAAAAAGUUGGCAGAAGAGAUUGAAGAGAAUACAACGAAAAAUAGCUCUCUUCAGAUGGCUUCUCUGGAGCAAUUGAAAGCUGAUGAAAAUGUUAUGAAACUGGCUGAAGAUCAAAAGAUACAAAAAGAGAAACUCCAUGCUAAAAUCAUUCAGCUUGAGAAAAAACUGGAUAUGAAACAAAAGCUGGAAUUGGAGAUUCAGCAACUAAAAGGAUCACUUAGUGUGUUGAAGCACAUAGAAGAUGAUGAUGAUGUAGAAGUUUUGAAGAAGGUGGAUGAUUUGCAUAUGGGUUUAAGAGAGAAGGAACAGACACUUCAAGACUUAGAUGCACUGAACCAAACACUAAUCAUUAAGGAGCGUAAGAGUAAUGAUGAACUGCAGGAAGCUCGAAAAGAAUUGAUUAAUGGCAUUAAAGAGAUAGCAACUCGAGCCCAUAUUGGUGUGAAGAGAAUGGGGGAACUUGACACUGGACCAUUCCAUGAAGCUAUGCAGAAAAGAUAUAACGAGGAGGAAGCCGAGGACAAAGCUACAGAACUAUGUUCAUUGUGGGAAGAGUAUCUAAAAGACCCUGAUUGGCAUCCAUUCAAAGUUGUCAUGGUUGAUGGGAAAGAAAAGGAAAUCAUUAAAGAUGACGAUGAAAAGCUGAAUGGGCUGAGAAAAGAUUUGGGUGAAAAGCCAUAUAAAGCAGUGGUGGCAGCUUUAACGGAAAUUAAUCAAUAUAAUCCCAGUGGCCGAUAUGUAACCUCGGAAUUAUGGAACUAUAAAGCGGGAAGGAGAGCAACUUUGCAAGAAGGAGUGCAGUUUUUGUUGAACCAUUGGAAACGCAAGAAAGAAAUGUUCUCGUGAACAUUAUAUUCAGAAAGAAUGAUCGAUGAUGAUGUUGAUGAUGAUGGUCGUGGUGGCAAGAAUGAACAUCUUGCAUGGUCAGAGAGAAUAAUUGUGCACAGCGGCUGGUUAGCAUGUAUCCAUAUUUGUAGAGCUGCAAACCCAAGGUUGUGCGUAGUUUAAGCAAUUUAUGAUCAUGUUAAACUUGUUGGUUUCACUUGACAAUUAGCACUGUCUUGCCCAAACUUAAACUGCCUUUAUAUUAUCUCUAGCAUGGGAGAAGACAUAUAUUGAUGUUAAACUUGCAUGACUAUAUAUUAUUUGUUCUUUAUUCAGCAUGUUUUGUUUUGACCCUCUA